AUGUUCCUUCGAUUUUGGUGUUUCGCUCUUUUAGUCUGCGCGUUCAGCCAGGUAUAUUGUGAAGAAAAAAAAUUGGACGCUGCAGAUUUAAUAAAAAUUUUAAGUGAAGGGUUGUUGAAUAAGACUAUUGCUACCGCUUGUGCUUCUGCUUCGGCUUCGCCUUGUGAAACAACAACUACAACUACAACAACUACUCCAGCACCAAAAGGCGCUCUUGAAAAUUUUGCAGGCAGUAUUGUCGAUAACACAAAAAAAGCAGUUCACGUCAGCAGUAACGUCGUAUUAAGUGGAGUAAAAAAAGUCGGUAAUAAAAUCAAGGGUGGCUGGAACUUCGCUGACAAUGUCGUUGAUGGAAGCUUGAAUUUGGCUAAACAAAUCGGAUCUCUAGGGUACAAAAUAGUGACAGUCGUACCAAAGAGCUUGAACGACGUACUCCUGGACAUUGUCGAAAAAGGACAAAAAAAAUUGACGGAAAAACUUGAGAAUGAAAGAAACAAGGAUAAAGAUAAAAACAAGGACGAAAAUAAAAACAAGGACGAAGAUAAAAACAAGGACAGCACAACGAAAGCUCCAGAGACUACUGAUGGAGAAUUGUUCAUCUACCUGAACAACUUGAAAAUUCCAGUGACCCCUGAGCAAAUAGUUGAGGUCGCCAAUGUUCUCAAGGGCACCAAGGAUCAUUUCCCACUUGUGGCCGACCCUCCUCCACAACCAUACUUCGUUCUUAUCAACCACGACGAAGCCCAUGUCCUCAAUUCUGAUCAGCUUAUUGAGAUCGGAGAUGAGUUGGAGCAAGCAAAGAAGCAGGCUGAGGAAGACGCAAAAGUAACUCCAUAA